AGAAAUACAAGGUGAAGAUCCUUCGGCCUCGAUCACGUACUGGACUACUACCUCGUUGCCUAUCAUUUUACUUACUUCGAUUUCCACGUUAUUUGCCAGAAGAAGAACGACUCAUCCAAUAAAGAGCAAUUAUGGAGCAUGAUGCUGGCCUCCACGACCACCACGACUUAGGGGAGCGGAUCCGCUGCUGUGUGUACACUUUCAACAUGGGCAACAACAGUAAUUUGGAGAUCACCGACCUGUUGGUGCCUGUUCCCGUGGAAGUGGAAGACCCAGGGGCGAUAUCCACAAAAACACCAAUCCCCAGCCAAUUUGCCAUGCAAAACGUGCAUAAAAUCCUGUAUUUGUCAUGCAAAAAAUGGAUGGGUAUCGGUCUUUUUUCCUGGAUAGGCGAGUAGGGGCAAAAAUGUAGUGAAGGAGCCGACCAGAUCCAGCCAGGGACGCUCAAGCUGCAGAAAACCACCGUCUGCAGGUGGAGGCACAGCCACUACAACAUCACAGACUACGCACACGACCCCGCCGUCGAAUCAUUCCCGCUUGGCUGCAACUUCCGCCUCCCCUCCUAGUGGAGACGACCACAACUCCACCUCUGGUUUACCGAACGAGAACCCGCGCCGUCGUCUCACUGCUUCGAUCGUGUCGGUCCGCGGUGGGGGGACGGUGCAUGGAAGUGGGGAUCGGCUGUAUUAUGCGGGACGAGGGAAUAAAAGUAGAGGCGGUUCCUCUACGGAUUCGGAUUCGUCUGUGUCGUCCACCGACGAGGAAGAAGAGCAGGUGCAGUUCAAGAAAGGGAUUCACCGCCUCGCGCGGGUGUCGUCGACCGCGUCUUCGUGUUCGAGUACUAGUUGUAAGACAGGAGGUCGCUCAUCUUCGAUCUUGUUCGCAGAACAGCACCAUGCUCCUUUCCCGGGUCCUCGGGUAUCGUUCGCGUCGCGCACCUCAAGUAGCACGACCACUCGCACCACAUCGGGAGGCCCUCCGCCGGAUGGAAGGUGGAGCGCCGGUAGAAGUGGUACAGACCACACUGCACUGCAGCACGAGCAGCCGAAUCGACGUGUUGAUUACACGUCGUCGCAGCAUCAACAGCCACCAGGCUCUCAAAAUUCUGAACCGCAAUUUGUAAGGACAAACACCAACGGGAGUAGUAGUAGUGCACACGUGUAUCAUGAUUAUGCUGUUGACCAAAUCCAAAUGUCAAGAAACCCAAGGGGACCCGCGAGCAAUGUUUCACGAUUUGGAGGUCGUUCUUUCGAGAUGCCCCCCGCCCUAGAAGCAUCCUCAUCUGACAUGAUCGAGUCCCCUGCGACGACCCGCGAUCUGAUCUUUUUCUCCUUUGCGGAGACGCAGAGCGCUUUGACCCCUUUUGUGAAGAAGUGGAAGAAGCAGCUCGCGGACAAGCGCGGACUGGACAUCUGCGAGCAGACGAACGCGUAUGAGAUUGCACAACUCCCCCUCCCCCUCAUUUGUAAUGCAAAAUACCGAAUCUACUUGGUGGCUUUAAGCACUUUUUGCAUGACAAGUUUCGGACACUCACACAGGACUACAAUCCAUGUCCGGUUUGUCAUGCGGAAGGCACUUAGCUGCUGUUGUUUGUGUUGCUGUUCUUGCCAUACAAAUGAGGGGGACGGGGAGUUGUGCACUCUCAUAGCACGCGCAUCGAGCACCAGGAGAAAUUCGGCGGGGGCAUGUGGCAGUCGCUGACCGCGAAACUGGCGACCAACUGGAACGGAAAUCUGAAAACCUUGCUCCUCGCGAAGAGCUCCGUGUUCCAGCCACAGCCGAAGACGUUUUUCGGCAUUUGCCCGGAACACGAGAACAUUCCAAACCCGAAGAAGGCCUUCUCGGGCAAGGAACUCCGGCUGCGCAACAGCAAGGUGAAAAUUCUGUGCAUCGGCGCCCACUUCCCGAUCGGAAAGAUCGCGCGGCAUCUCGAACAAAACACGUACGACGUCGGGUGGCGCAACGGAGAAGAAUACUUCCCCCACUGCGUACCCGGGAGUAGUCAUUUUGCGCCGGAAGAUCAUAUUGUUGCGUCGUCUUCGUCUUGUUCAUCUGCGGGAGGUUCUGAUUCUCGGUCUAGAGUAGAUGAUAGGGGAAAGAAAGCCGCACCAGUGGCUACGUCGAGUUUAUCUGGGGAAACAUCUGCGAUAAACGGGUCGACGGCCUCGUCGUUGUACAAUCAGAUGAACCACACAGGGACCUCCACUUCGGUCCAUCCAAGUAGUACAGACAGGAUACGGCCGCUUCCGGCUGGCUCCUCACAGUAUCAGCAUGGGCCGCACCAGCCGCGUACUAUGGUCGUCCCGGAGCCGCCAGACUUCUACCGUCAAAACCUUUACAACUACCAAAGUGGCGGCUCUGGCCCUUCUACCGCAUCUAACGGUACUUCUGGACCACGCAAUGGUGAGGUCAACGGCAUUCCAUCGAACUUUGCACGUGCGCACGAGGCUGGUUCUUCACAUGCAGUUCCUCCGCAGCCGCAGCCUGAGAAAAAGCAUGCUCUUUCGCGCGGCAACAAUGACGUCCUGGAAAGCUGCAAGUAUGUGAUGGCGCGGAACCUCCGACGGAUGCUGGCGCGCGCCGCCGAGGCCGGGAUGCUUGACAAUGACACACUGGUGAUGCUUUCGGGAGAUGUAAACUCCCGAACGCUUCUUCUGUUCGAUCCGGGAAUAACUAUGCAACAUAGUCGUGGUCCAUCGGGCGGGGCUUCUACUACAACUUCGAGUACUUCCGCAGCGCCACAACAGCGCCGUGGUGGUAACUUUCAUGCCGGAGGGCGAGCCGUCGCGUCGACUGCUUCAACUACAUCUCCGCAGGACCACCACCACCAGUUUAAGUCUUCUCUGAACACCAGCACGUAUGGGACGUCGAAACAACAAGGCCGAUUGGUUGUGAAGGACCUGCUAACGGAGACCCUGCGGGACCGCCGGUACUGCGCAGCGAUAUCCAAUCGCCUCGUCGAGGGCACGGGCAACUGGAUUGACCUUUCGACCGCGUGCGGGACCCAGCACUGGGUCACCUACAAAUUUCAUGAGAACUACGAGCAGAAACACCCGCUGUCCGUGGAAGACAUGUAUGCAUUGCAAAAGUAUCGUACUAGUAUAAAUUGCAAUACAAAUUUCCUUAGCAUGAGAAAUGGAAUUUGUCAUGCGGAUUUGCCCUAAUAAAAAGAUUUGUAAUGCAAGACUUGCAUCUAUACGCGUACGAUACUUUUGCACAGGAUAACAUGGCACACGUGUUGAACCAACCGAACAGCCUGGACCGGCGCACGCGGAUAUGCAUUGCAAAUAUGUCUGGGUCUGGAAACUUGUGAAUGUGAUGCUAGAAUGUGGAUGAUGGAAACACUUUCGAAUGCAGCCCAGCAUGACAACUUUGCAGAACAAAAUCUCAUAGGCAGCCCGCAUGAGAAACUGUGUACAAAAGAGGCCGCGACUUUUGUUGGUUAUGCAGUACAGAUUUCCUAGGUAUGAAAAGCUAGCAUUACAAAUUCCAAAUUUCCAGACCCAGACAUAUUUCCAUUUGAUAGCGCAGCGGCAGUUACUACGAGCAGUCCGCGGCUGUGGUGUCGUUUUCUUCAAACACCGAGCAUUUCGAGGUAGACAAGAACUCUUCUUGCACAAAUACAGGUUCAUCUGCAAACGGAGAGCCGCGCGACGCUUACGCCGCCGCCCUGGACCGAAUUUCCGCGUUUGAGGGGCCAGGCGCUCUCUACAGAGACCGUGCCGACGAGGGAAAGCGGUUCAAAAGGUACGAAGAAAUUGCUGAUGUUGUAUCAAAGCGGCAGUGGGACAGAGAGAGUUGCGGCGCGUCAUCCUCUGCUGCAUGAUGUGAAAACGUAUAAACGUUGAAUAGAAUUUUGACCUGGUUGCAAUUGCACAACCACACGGGUUCAUCUUCCCUUUUCUCAGGUUUCACUUCCCCGCGGCGGCAGACCGGGUUCUCUUGUUCCAGCCACGCGGGGGCGCCGUCGACCAGCUUCACGUGGAUGAGCUGGAUAUUGUGGUCGUUUCGGAGCUAUGCAUUGCAAAAGCAUCGUACUACGUAUGAACUGCAUUACAAAUUUUUUCAAGAAAAUAUACAAUUUGUCAUGCUAGAUCAGAUAUUAGAAGGUGGGCCUUGUCAUGCUUGGUUGUAAUUACUGCGAGUGCGAUACAUUUGCAGAGGAUAGGAGCAGCAAGGCAGCGACCAUAAACCGCUUGUGGUGGUCUUUGACCUGUAUGUGAAGCCUGCUUCAAGUGCAGCUCCAAACAGCAACAGCAAGCCGGCGAAAAAGCAAGGCCAGCAGCAAGUUCCUGCUGGUCCGCGUGCGCACGGCCGCAGUGCGAUUUUAAAAUCCGCUGCGCCGGGCUAUUACACGACAUCUUCUUCACGAGAGGACUUGAUGCAAACAGGAACAGGAAUAAACGCGAAGCAGGAAGGUCGUGCCGGGCAGCAUGUCGCAAGCACCGUCCUCCCGAAUAAACAUACGACCGUCCUCGGCAAAAAUACUACGGCUGAGAUGAAGAGUGGCGGCACUAGCACGGCGACCCUUGAAACAAGUAUGCAAGUGGAGGACGAAAGAAUUGCAUGUGAAGACAAACUCACGCGGCCCUCCGCUCCUGCUUUUUCCGUUGUUCAGCCAGUAGUCGUCCCCGCUACAAAACUAGAAGCAGUUGCAGGGGGCGGGGCGGAGAGCGCCAGAAACGGCACAAAUUCAACUAGUACUGGUAGUAUGACUGCAAUAACACCUUGGCAACUACAUCAAGGCUCCAAGCCAAUGCAGAAUACAGCACCAGGUGGCAGUGCAAUACCUGAUGCCCACCUUGCUGCACCAUCCCGAUUCGUACCUACACAACAUGCAGCGCCCCCAACCUUGCUUGCGGCGAGCGCCGCGCCGCACCCGACUCACUUGGCACCGCUUUUGACGAGCACCAGUGGUCUCACAGGACAAGAACCGAGCGUCGGCGCAUGUGAACUCCGAGUUGAUGCAGCAAGAACGUCUACGGCUACGGGGGCGCUGACCUCAAAUCUCUGCGAAGGAGCCACAUCCACCGCUGCUGGUGUGCACGUCGAUGAUGAAGAGGAUUUCGUCGAUGCUGUGGACGAAGUGGAUCUACACGAUGAGGAGGACUCCGUGCCUUCCGAGGGUGGAAACGAAAACGUAUUGCAAAAAAAAAGUGUUACAGUUACACAUUGUGUUGCAGGCCAAGCAAGACAGACAAGCUCUGUCAUGCCGGAUAUGCAUAGAAGCCUCGUUUCAUAGGUGUUUUCCCGUAGGAUUUCUGCAUUACAAGUUUUCUCUCUCAUGCAGGGACAUUUGUGUUGCUGAAUUGCCUACAAAUGUGUAACUGUAACACUUUUCUCGUGGGAUAAAACGAGGACUGAGAGUAGUACGACCGCCGGCGUGGUCGAAUAGCUGUGGAUGGUCUGCUGUUGCAGAGAGAUGUUGUAGCUGUCGCUGCUCUAUUUCAUCUUACCACGACCGGAACAAAAAUGCACAAGGCACGAACUCACAGGAAAAAAAUCUAGGCUAUUCCAGUCGUGGAGGCUACUUAUUUCAUUCAUGGAAAUAAACAAAAAGCCAUUCUUUUUUUUUCCCAACUGGAGAUGUUGCUUGUAUGUUGCGAUAUUCGCACAGCAUGGCUUUCGAAUCUGAAUACAAUUCGGAAGAAUGUUAUCAAAUGAAGUCUUGCGCAAUCCUUGCGAAAAAUCAAUGAACCAAUGCCGGGCCAAGUGCUGUGGCUGUGCAAAAAUCAAUGCCCUCCUGAUUGAAGUGCGACAUUUGCCCGGCGUAAAUUUGAAGACCAAUGAACAACCUCAACCCCGAUAGGCUUUGACGUCCGGCAGCAUAUUUCGUCUGUGUUGACGCUACUCAGAUGAUCGAGCAGUCACUGGUAAUGUCAUGUGAAAGAACAG